AUGAUACUCGCCCACGUUGGUUUUCCAGCACUCGCCCUUUGCAUCAUCCCUUGGUUACGUCUUGUGUUAUCUGAGGACAGGACUUAUGACUCAGUUCUUGAUGCAUUCCCAGAACUCGAGGCGCUGAACAAACAGCAAAUCAAAGACCCAAUAUCGGGCGGCCAAGACUUUGAUUAUUGCUGCUUGCUUGCGGUAAAUGCUUCUUAUGAAUUGGUCAACGGUUCCGUCAAGCCGAUGGGCUUGUUCAUCAACGAAUCAGUAACGGGAUUGCAAAGCCAGCAAUGGCCAUGCGGCGCCUCAUACACCGGCAACAAGAGCGGUGCGCCAGAGGUGGUGGCGCCCUAUCAGUGGGUAAGGCAGCAUUGCCCGGGAUGGCAAGAGAAUCGCGGCUCAAAAGUCGACGACUGGACCCAACUCUUCGUCGGCUUCCUCCUGCCCGCAGUCGCCUUCUGUUUGAUAGUGCCGCGACAGCAGGAGCUGAAGCUGCCGCGUGCGCUCUUUGAUGUGGAACUAGGUCAAGUGUCAGGCCUCUUGAGCUCGCCGUUCCUUACUCUCGCGGCUAGCCUGCUAGUCACCAUCGACACUGUCUACUGGCUGAUCGUAGUUUUCACCUUUUCAGGGCCAAUCCUGCUCAGUGGGCUCUACGAAGCCGUCGUCGACAAGCGCAUGCUUGCCUUCAUCCGCGACAAGAUCGACAAUGGUCGUCUAUCGCGCACAGACCGCGCCCGUAUCCUGUUCGCUAUCUUGGUGGGCAAUCUCGAUCUGGCCUGGGGAUCCCACGAUGGUCAAGAAGGUCAGGCCUGGCUGGACACACAAUCACUGGUUGCAGAACUGGAGGAGGCAGAGAAAGGCCUGUUGACUCCCAACGGCACGAUCGACCGGGACAGGCUGGAAUCUAGCGCCAAGUCCAUCAAGGUUCGGCUGAGGACCAUGCUGGCUUGUCAAUUUCCAUUUGGUUCGACUGUGGGUGCCCCCGUUGUCUUCUUCUUAGGCUCGUUCGGAUACGCUCUUAAAGAGCUUAGUGCCAACUUAGGUCGCAACAGCUCCUCUCACGCGCUAGCAUAUGGGACGUUCUGGAUCGUGAUGCCACUCGAGUCCAUAGUAGUCAGUUGCCUGUUGGCUGGCAAUAAUCCGAACACGCUUGAAGGCAUCGUGGGCCGGCGCGAGAUCACGGAACCGUACCCGACCUUCUUCGGCUUCGUGCCAUCUUUCGACACGGGCUACAAGCCCGCUUGGAUGUGGAAUCGCGGGCGGAACAAGCAACACUGGGCCGAGGCGAUUGCGCGGCGAUACCACGUCGACGACCUACGGAAGCGGGUCGCUAUCAGCAAUCGCGACUUGGCUAAGCUGUACUCGGUGGUGCUGGUGCUGCUGUUGAUCCCAUGCGCGCUCGCCUUCACCGUCUCUUAUUUGACCCCUAAGACCGGGCUUGGCUGUCGGUCCGUUGAUUUCAUGAUGUUCUUCUUCCUCCAGGCCUUGCUUGUCGGCAUGUGGGUGUGGAAGUACCUCGAGAACGGAUUCGUCGAAGCGUCGCAGCUGCCCACGUUGACUAUACCACUACCAUCCUCAUCCCCGACCGCCAGGGUUCCCGGUACUGAGACCGGGAACGUUGACGCCAACGGCGACAGGGACGGGGAGAAGUCAGCCACCGCGGAUGCCGAAAUGGACGAGGAAGGCGGCAAGCGAUGUCCCACUCACCAGCACAAGAGCCGACACGCGCAGCACCGCGUCCGCCGCCGCCGGCACGCCUGGUUGUGCACCGUCGCCUUCCUGGCCCUCUGCUCCUGCUUCUUCGGUAUCGGUGGCACCGUCAUGCAGCUCGUCGGCGUGUACCAGAACGGGCUGUGCUUGAUUCCAUUGAGUGACUGGCUGGCCAAGGAGUCGACCAUCCUGCUUUCAACCAAUAGUCAUGCCGCUAUCAGCUUGGCUCAGCAUACGUGGAUCCCCGUCGGCGUCACCGCUGCCGCCUAUCUCUGCUUUAUUUGUUGUGUGGGCUGGUGGUACAACACGUAUCUGCGCCUGCAAUUCCACGAAAUGGUCGACGCCUUCGACGAGGAGAAGGUCCGGACCUCGACUUUCAUUAACGUCAAGUCGGGCAUGUGA